AUGCCUCGAUGGCAGCCGUUUUUGUUCAUUUGUUCGUAUUUUUGCAGUUCUAGGACGUCAGGCAUUUCGAUUCAUUUUGGGGGGUUGUGGUGUUAAGAUGAAGGAGAGGUUCUGAAUGAUACCCUUUUAGCAGCACACAUGGGUAAAUUCUGGCCCAGAGAUGCAAAGCAAUGUUUUUACUUUUACUACAACAGACUUCAACUGGCUUGCUCUGUUGGAUAUAGUUCUAGAGUGCCUUUCCGAUCUAAUAAUACUCAGACUGAUUUUGGUAAUAGUUAUUUGCUGCGACUCCUUCGGGUUGCCUGGGCCCAUCCCGCAUCAAUUUCGCAUUCGCAUCGGAAUCUCGUGUCAUCCGGCUCUUGGACGCUUGCAAGGAGAUACAAAUUCCGACUCGCUGCUGUGAGACACAAAUCUAAGCCUGUAGGGAGCAAUAUGGGCACAAAAUCUUCAUCAAUCAAGAGUUGGGUCAGCGACGACAAAACUCACGAUGGGUCCGAUGGUGUAGUUGGUUAUCACGUCAGUCUAACACACUGAAGGUCGGCGGAUCGAGCCCGCCUCGGAUCAGAUUCCAUAUUUUUGCAGUUUUACUGCCCUGUUCUUUGCUCUGUCGAAGUUUUGUUAAUGUGGAUUGGUUGCCGGUGUCUAGGGGAUUGUACGUAUGUUGUCGGGUCUCAUAGUGCCGCCAGCAGGUGUGGAUACUGGAAUGAGCGGAAUAGAAUUGACAUGUGACCUUUUAUUUUAUUUGUUUUUUUAUUUUAAAUAUUAUUCUUCUCCUUUCUUAACCCG